AUGGACCAGCUGCUGCUUCGGACAGGGUCUGGGGGAUCACCUGGAUACGCACUUGGAUACCUGGAGCAUUGCUCAGAGGAGGUGCCGAGGGACAAACCUUUGUGCCAGGUAGCGGCAGCCAAACAGGGGCUGAAACUGAAGGGGAGAACACAUUUAUUUGCCCUUGUUGAAGUGAGGCGAGCACCUGAGUGUGGCGGAAAUGCAGGAGAACGCGAAAGCAUCGGGGCAGAGCAGCCGCUGGAGGUGCCCGAGCCGUCUCCCCCUUGCCCGCAGGGCCGGAGUUGCCCACCGCCGGCAGCUGACAGCUACGCUGACAGCACGGGCGGCUCCGGCACACUUUUGCCUCGCUGUGUUCCGGUGCCGUGCUGCUGCGGGAGGACGGGGCCAGCGCUCCAAAGGCCAGAGCAGAGCGCUGGCGAAUGGGAGGCGAGGAAGGCUUGGGCUAAGGAUGGAUUGAAACCGGGCUGCCUGUCCGUGCUGGAGAGUGGGAGAAGGGUCCCUGCUGGCUGCCGUGUCCUGGGUGGGCACAGAGCUCUGACCUUGGCCAGAUGGGCUGUUCGGUUUCUUUCUCACAGGUUUCCGGGUGUUUUGAUCCUGACGUCGCCAAAGCCUCAGGCUUCUCUCCCUGGGCCCUUGCCGUUGCCGUAUCUCUUGGAUGCCGUGCAGAACGGAAUCAGGCAGCCAAGCCUCAGGUUCACCUUCUCCCUCACCCUCUGCGCUGCUCGUGUGGCACAGCAGAUCCUGAAGCCAGAGGAGCACGUGUACAUAAGGGUAAAGAGAUUCCUUCUGUCACACCGGUAUUUGGACCUGAGGAAGGUACCAGGUUUUCUCCAGCUUUUCUACAGUUUUGAUUUUGAGUACAAAACAGCACGAGUGGAUCCUCAGAUUUCUUGGGGAAGGGCUGCGUGACAAACAUUGCUGUGAGCUCUAUGUCUACCAGAGGAUUUUCCGGGUCAUUCUUUCCUUUCUCAGCAGUCCUUUGUGUGACCAGGGCUCCCAGAGUCCUAUUCUGGAGAUACGACAGAGUGCUGCCCGUGUCACCUCUAGAGCUGCCCAUGAGCCGAUAGAGGAUCACAGCCUCCUCUCGUGGGUCCUGCACGGCUUAGAGAAAAGGUAACCAGCCAAGUACGGGAGACAUGGGGACAAUUUCCUGUCCACGGCUGAAGAAUGACGUGGCUGAGGAUGAAAGCAAGGGGGACAGACCUGGAGACGGGGGCACCGAGGGCUGCACUGGCAGAACUUGCUGAACGCUGAGGUGUCCCUUGUGUUUUUGAGAAGAGAAUCAAGAGGCUUUCAGGUGGUGGUGGGAGGGACGAUGGUGGGGGGGCUGUGUGAUUUGGGAAUCACUUCCUUGACAAAGCAAAAGGACACCUUGUGCUGGUGUCUUUAGCUUUGAAAUUUCAAGCAGCCUCAGUUCCCAUCCUGUCACAGGACCUGCUGCACAGGAAGUGGCACAGUAAUGGAUUUGAGCUGUCUAGAACGUUACUUCUCCUCCCCUUGCCUCUCCCUGACAAAAAAAUCUCUUCUGCAAGCACAGAGUGCCCUGACAGGUUCAGGCAAGUGCACCAAAAGUGCCCUAGAAUAUGGUCCCCCGUAGGAGAUGGACCAGCUGCUGGUGAGGAUCUGCCUUUCAAAUGUGGUUUUCUUUUCUUUUUUUUCUUUUUGUUCUGUUUCAUUUUGUUUUUCAGGUUUCUGGAGAACCAGGUGAUAAAUAAAAUGAUUUCCUUACUCCAUCCUUUGUGGCUAAUAAAUUUAGGAGACAAGAGAGAAAACAGGAAUCGAUCCCAGAUGCUGCUGUUGAGAUGGGUAUAUGAUCUACCUGUAUAUAGAUAUAUGCGUAUCUAUCUAUAUCUGUGUAGUGAUAAUAAUGGGAGUUUUUAUGAUACGUUGCUUUACUGUCUUAUAUUUUUAAUAAAGUGCGAUUUUAAGUUAUUAGGUAUAACAUUUUAUUCUGCUUAUUGGCUAAAGUAACAUUUUCUUGUAUUUUAUUGGUAUCAAGUCAUGUUAAUCAUUAAUUGGUAAGAGUUUAUAAUGAAUUAUUAAGGUGUGAAUAUUGUUCAUUAAGGUACGUCUUUUUUUACUGUAGGUAUUUUCAUGUGUUCGUAUGGGUUUUUAUGUUAAUGAUUUUGGGUUUUUGUGUUAUGAAUAUAUUAGUAUUUUAUUAGGGUUUUUUUGGUUAGUUUACUUGUUUGGUGUGUAGAUCACUCCUGUUAAGUAUGUUUAUCUAUAUAUGUUUUAAAAUGUAAGUUAUAAAUCUACUUGUUAAGGAUUUUUGUAGAGUUCUAUGUAAAAAUUUAAAUCGGUAGGGGAGAUAAAAAGCAGUAAUUAUUAAUAAGAUGAGUAUUUUAGUUUUUAAUAAUGAUUUAAGUUAUUCAGCGAUGUUUUAAUUUUUGAAAAUAUUAUUUAGUUAUUUUUUAUGUGUGAUUGAUUAAUUUUUAAAAAAAAAUUAGUAAUGUUUUUGUAAAUUGAUUUCUUGUGAUUUCAUCAAUUUAUAUAUUUUUAAAAAUGUUUUCUAUUUAUGAUUGUGUGUGAAUAAUAAAAAAUGAACAGUU